AUGAAGAGACAUGGCAGCUCAGAUUCCUUGACUGUUUUCAUGUCCAUCUGUCCCAAUUCAACAGACGAGGUACAGGGGAAUAACAAUCCCGUGUUCUCGUACGGUCAGGCAAUGGUGGCGGAGUACGACGAGGAAUCGGGCCAGAUGGCGGGUUCGGAAAAGAAGAGGAGGCUGACCGUUUACCAGGUGAAGGCCCUCGAGAAGCACUUCGAGGUGGAGAACAAGCUUGAGCCUGAUAGGAAAGUGAAGCUGGCUCAUGAGCUCGGGUUGCAGCCGCGCCAGGUGGCGGUCUGGUUCCAGAACCGCCGUGCGCGGUGGAAGACCAAGCAGCUCGAGAGGGAUUACGGCCUGCUCAAGGCUGAUUACGAUGGGCUCAACCUCGAUUUCCACAAGCUUCAGCGUGAUAACGAAGCUUUAAUCAAAGAGAUUGAAGAGCUGAAAUCGAAGAUAAACGGGGACGGUAACAGCAGUAAGUCGGAGAAAGACGACGAAAACAAGAACCUGCAAUCUCCGAUUGCCAUUCCCGAGCCCGACAAGGAAUCGGGCUCGGAAAAUCUCGAAGAUGAUACAAAUGGCGACGGCCUGCUAAUUUCGGGUCACGGUGAGCUGUUGGGUUUUGGUGAUUUGAAAGACGGCUCUUCGGACAGCGAUAAUUCGAGCGCCAUCUGGAACGAUGAUAACAUCAACAACAAUAAUCGCAACAGCAACAGCAGCAGCAGCCCCCAUCAUCUCGAUUCGAACAACAACAACAAUAAUAAUAUGAUUCUAGAUUAUUUUCAGUUUCAACACCAACAUAAUCAACUGCAGUUCGUGAAGAUUGAGGAGCACAAUUUUUCCGGCGAGGAAUGUUGCAGCACUUUCUUCUCCGACGAUCAGCCUCCGAGCCUCCAUUGUCGCGCCGGCGAACGUCCAGUAGAUCCAUCGGCCUCAGUCGCGGCUCCUUUCCAUCUCCAAGCUCAGCAGCACGUUCGGACCCGUUUCACGUCUUUCUCGCCGGAAAUAGCUAGAUCUCCGGCCAACACCUCAAGAACCGAACCCCACGCCUGCAAAUCGCGACCAGCAGCAGUGUCAGCCCAUUUUCAGCAACCUUAA